AUGUUAAGAACGAGAGAGAUUGACGCAAGUCAGGCAAGUGAGUUCCGGUCAAACGAAAAAGCACUGGCAGAGAACUGGUCCAAGCCGAAGAAACUCUUCGCGGUAAUAACAGGUCUCUUCUUAAAUUUCAACACCUGCCUCAGCGCCGCGCUCCCAAGUGGUGCCAUCGAUGCUCUAACGACGUCCUUCGGAAUCACAAAGCAAGAAGAAAUCGCACUUCCCGUUGCUGUCUUCCUAGUGGGCUACAUAUUCGGACCUAUCGUGUUCGGCCCUAUGAGUGAGACUUUCGGACGCAGGAUCUGCUUCCUUUCCUCUUUCGCUUUGUACACACUUGCCACACUAGCGUGCGCCCUUGCACAAAGUUGGCCUUCUCUUCUUAUCUUCCGAUUUCUUGUCGGGGUAGGGGCCUCGGCGCCGCAAUAUAUUCUUGGGGGAAUGUACUCGGACAUCUACCCAAAUCUGCUACACAGGGGGAAAGCAAUGAUGAUGGCCGGGUUGAUGAAUAGCUUCGGGCCAUUGAUAGGGCCUAUAGUUGCUGGAUAUACGUCAAGUGAGAACUGGAGGUGGAUGUUCUGGGUAGCCUUGAUUCUAGCUGGAGCGAACUGGCCUUUCCUGGUGUUUUUGCCAGAGUCCUUUCCGCCCGUCGUUUUGAAGCACCUAGGGAGAGCAGAUGGGCUUGAAACAACCGUGAAUGAAACACCAAACUUCAGCGAACUAUUGACAGUGGUCCUGACAAGACCGAUUCGUAUGUUUGCAGAGCCACUAGUUUUGUUCUCAGAUCUUUUUCUCGUAUACCAAUACAGCAUCUACUAUCUUUACUUUGAAGCAUAUCAAAUUAUUUUUCAAGGCGCGUAUGGUAUGACCCUUGGUCAAGUAGCUCUCAUGCUUCUUCCUGUGGGCAUUGGAGGAAUUAUUGCCAUGUUCAUAUUCCUCUGGUACGAUCGAUUUCUCGCAAAGAGCAAAGCUACUGGAAAGAAAUGGGCACAUCGUGAAGAGUACAGGAGGCUCCCUUUGGCUUGCAUUGGUGGACCACUCUACUCAAUUUCUUUGUUCUGGUUGGGUUGGACAUCGCGAACAGGAGUGCACUGGAUUGUUCCUGCUUCGUCCGGAGUGGUCUUCGGUAUCGGCAUUGAUCUGACCUUUAUGGCCCUCAAUAAUUACAUCACAGAUGCAUACGGUAUCUACUCCGCCUCUGCACUGGCAUCCUCGGUGUUAAGCAGGAAUAUUGCCGCAGCAUUGCUUAUUCCGCUUGCCACAUACAGGAUGUAUGCAGUGCUCGGAGUCGGUUGGGCCUGUAGCACAUUGGGGUUCAUUUGUCUUGGCCUCUCACCAAUCCCUUUCAUAUUCCUAAGAUACGGGCCUUCCCUGCGAGCCAAAAGUCCUUUUUGCCAACGAUUGAGCCAACUUCCGUGUUAGAAUUUAGGGGAGUUCGAGAUAAAUUCAGUCGGGUGAGGAUUUGGAAGUUAGGAC